UAAUGGUAUUGACAAAGGCUUAUCUCCGCUAUGUGCCAGCUGGCACAUUUGGUGUUGUUGCUAGCUCGAAGAGCAAUUGUGUUUUUAUAAGAGGGGCCUCUGCGAAAAAGGCUCAAUACGUGGGCGUGGCCGCGUUAGAGAAUGUGAAUAUCUGGAAUGUAAAGACUGGAGAAAAGAUGGGUGUUUUAGCCGGUGAGAAACACGAGGUUACCAGUGUAUCAACGAGUCCGGAUGGAAAGCAUUUGGCUGUUGGAUAUAAUGAUGGGUUUGUGAAGAUUUGGGAGUGGGAGAGUCAAACCAACUUUGUAACUUUCAGUGGUCACAGAAAGGGUGUGUCAGCACUGCAAUAUGACGAAAGUGGUACUCGUUUGGUGUCUGGCUCCAAGGAUACUGAUGUUAUUGUGUGGGACAUAGUCAACGAGACUGGACUGUACAGACUGAAAGGUCAUAAGGGAAUGAUUACACAGUGUCAAUUUAUGAGAAAGUACGAUUGCCUAAUUACGAGCUCUAAGGAUACUUUUGUGAAGUUUUGGGAUUUAUCAACACAACAUUGCUUUUUAACAUUAACAGAACAUAGGAAUGAGGUCUGUGACUUUGUUCUGAUUUGUGAUGAGACACGAUUGGUAACUGGAGCAAUGGAUAACGAGCUGAGAAUGUGGGAUGUUGUCAUCGAUAAUAAGGUGACAGAAUCAAAUGGAUGUCAUCUGUCUGAUGCAGCAUCUUCGAGUGCUGGUAUUAGUGAAACAGACAGUCAGGAGAAAGAACCAGUCAGAUGCCAGUUUGUUGGAUCUUUACAACGGCAGAGCUCUGAAAGAGUUGUCAGUUUAAGAACACAUUCAUCUGGGCAAUAUAUUGGAUGCCAUGGAUCAGACUCUCUAUUUGAGUUGUACUCGAUUCGUUCUGAAGUAGAAAUUCAGAUGAAGUUGAAAAAGAAAGCAAGAAAAGCUCGUAGAAAGAGGAAGAAAUUAGGAGAUAGUGAAGAAGAUGCACAAGUAGAAGUGAUUCGUGAGGUGGGUGAUGAAAUCCAUCGAAUACAUAGCUUGACGACUCAUAGCAAAAUCAGAUCAUUUGACUUUGCAUUGAAACGAGACCAGUUGGAAUUGGUUCUUCUGCUUCAUGACAACAGUAUUGAGUGGUACAACAUUGUUGUGAUGGAAAAAAGCAUAGAAAGUGAAAGGAAAGCAUGGCUGAUGAAAUCAGGUCACCGAACGGACAUUAGAACUGUGUGUUUCACUUCUGAUGAUUUAUGCAUUUUGUCAGCAUCUAAUAGUAGUGUGAAAGUCUGGAACCGGGAAUCUCUGCAGUGUAUUCAUACCAUGGAAAGUGGUUAUGCUGUCAGUUCAAUGUUUGUGCCAGGAGAUAGACAUGCUCUUAUUGGCACAAAGGUGGGUGAACUUCAGCUUUUUGAUGUAUCUUCUGGAACACUGCUAGAAACAAUAUCAGCUCAUCAGGGUUCCAUCUGGUCAUUGUGUCUAGCACCAGACAGACGUGGCUUUAUAACAGGAAGUGCUGAUCAUGAGGUUCGAUUCUGGGAAUUCGAACUUAUCCAAGAUGAUGACUUCUCACUGACAAGUAAGCGAUUGAGUAUGGCUCAUGUCAAGACUCUAGAAAUGACUGAUGAUGUGCUUUGUGUGAAGUUUAGUCCAGACUAUCGCCUUCUUGCUGUGGCAUUGUUGGAUAACACGGUAAAGGUCUUCUUUGCCGACUCUUUGAAAUACUUCCUUUCUCUUUAUGGUCACAAACUUCCUGUCCUCACAAUGGAUAUCUCAUCAGACAGUACAUUACUUGUUUCUGGAUCAUCAGACAAGAAUAUAAAACUAUGGGGCUUGGAUUUUGGUGACUGCCAUAAGUCACUGUUUGCUCACAAUGACAGUAUCAUGGCUGUUCAGUUUGUACCAAAAACUCACUUGUUUUUCUCUGCAAGUAAGGAUCACACAGUAAAGUGUUGGGAUGGAGACAAGUUCAAACUUGUUCAGACAUUUGAGGGUCAUCAUGCUGAGAUUUGGUGUCUGGCAGUUAGUCAUGAUGGCAAUACAGUGGUAAGUGGAGCUCAUGAUCGUUCUUUACGUCUAUGGGAAAGAACACAAGAGCCACUAUUUGUUGAAGAAGAACAAGAGAUGGAACGUGAAAAAGAGUAUGAGGAGUCUUUGGCUCAAGGACCAGAGCCAGUGAUUCCUGGUGAGGCACCAAGCGAGGUUGCCAUGGCUGGUAGGAAGAGUAUGGAGACGGUGAAAGCGACUGAACGAAUUAUGGAAGCUAUAGAAUUGGCCAAGGAAGAGACAUUCAAGAAGAAAGAACAUGAAGCUUUGUGUAAAUCUACUGGAAAACAGGUUCCUCCACCAAUCAAACACCCUCUCAUAUUAGCAUCAGGAGAUCUUACACACAGUCAGUAUGUGUUGGGUGUGGUGAAGAAGAUCAGGUCAAGUGAGCUAGAUGAAUCUCUUCUGGUUUUGCCAUUUUCAUAUGUCAUGGACUUUCUCAAAUUACUAAAUGAAUGGAUCCAGAAUGGCUGGGAGAUAGACUUGUCGUGUCGUUGUCUGUUCUUUUUGUUGAGAAUACAUCACAAUCAAAUUGUAAGCAGCAAAAGCUUGUUAUCAGUGAUGGACUCACUUCGUCAGAACACUAGAAAACGAGUCCAAGAUGUUAGAGACAUAGUUGGAUUCAACAUGGCAGGCCUUCGAUUUCUACAACAGAAGAUGGCAGAGAAAAACAUCAAGAUAUUUGGAGAUGUAACUGAUAGACUGGACCAUAUAAAGAAGAAGCGGAAACUAAGAACUAAAUCUGCACAGUAGAUUUGCUCUAGAAAUCUGAUUAUGUAUUAUGUGCAUGCUAAGGCAAAACCAUUUGGCUUGCUAGAGGUUUAGUGCCUUUGGAAUGUAAAGUGUUUUGACAUUCGGGUGUUAUAUUUAAUUUUUAUAAACCUAUUGCUCUGUUGUUUUUGAUUAUUCAAUGCAUAAUUAAACUCUUGCUGUAACUACUAUG